UCUAGUAUUCUACUAAUCUACCAUGAGAACAAUGGAGAGUUUUUCUUUUUUGCUAGCAUCCCUAAUACUCAUGCUGUCUGUUUUGCAGGCAAAUUCACAAAAUUAUCCCCAAGAAACCAAACUAUUCAUCUCUUGCUUUUCAGAUUAUUCUCGAUACUCAAACUUUUCAGUCUCAGAAAUCAUAUACACCCCACAAAACCCCAAAUCAUUCAACUCCAUCUUGAACUUACACAUUCACAACAAAAGGUUCAAAACACAAGCCACAUCGAAGCCUCUAGCCAUCAUAACUGCCCGAUCUGAGAAUCACGUGCAUGCCACGGUUAAAUGUGCCAAAUCAAACGGCAUUCAAGUCAGAAUCCGAAGUGGUGGCCAUGACUAUGAAGGCCUUUCAUAUGUCUCAGACGUGAGUUAUGUCGUACUUGACAUGUUUCCUCUUCAUAAGAUUGAUUUGGACAUGGAAAGUGGCACGGCAUGGGUUCAGGCUGGUGCAACACUUGGUGAACUUUAUUACCAAAUAGCAAACAAAAGCAAUGUGCUUGCUUUCCCAGCAGGGGUGUGUUCUUCUUUGGGAACUGGUGGCCACUUCUCAGGGGGUGGUUAUGGGAAUUUGAUGAGAAAAUAUGGUCUUUCUGUGGAUAACAUCAUUGAUGCCAUAUUGGUCGACGCCAAUGGUAUUCUCCUGGAUAGAAAGUUAAUGGGGGAGGAUCUUUUUUGGGCUAUAAGAGGAGGUGGUGGGGCCAGUUUUGGUGUCAUUGUUGCAUGGAAGAUAAAAUUGGUCCCUGUGCCUCCACAAGUGACUGUGUUUAGAGUGAAAAAAUCCAUAAAAGAAGAUGCAACAGAUGUUGCAUACCAAUGGCAACUUGUGGCACCAAAUUUGGACAAAGAUCUUUUCAUAAGGGUCCAGCCUGAUGUGGUCAAUGGAACAGUAAUAGUCUCUUUCAUAGGCCAGUUUUUGGGCCCAAUUGAAAGGCUUCUUCGUUUGGUGAAUGAGUCAUUCCCUGAAUUGGGUUUGAAGCAAAGUGAUUGCACAGAAAUGCCUUGGAUCAAUUCCACUCUUUUUUGGUAUGAUCUCCCAAUUGGGACUCCUAUUGAAGCCUUGCUACCAACAAAUCAGGAGCCGCCUUCAAUCUACACGAAGGGCAAGUCAGAUUAUGUGAAAAAACCCAUCCCAAAGGAGGCUCUAAAGUCCAUUUGGGAUUUGAUGAUUAAAUACAACAACAUUUGGAUGCAAUGGAACCCUUAUGGAGGGAGAAUGGCUGAGAUAUCUCCAAAAGCAACCCCUUUUCCUCACAGGGCAGGGAACUUGUUCCUCAUUCAGUACUCUGUGUUUUGGACUGAAGAUGGUGCUGAGGCCAAUAAUCGUUACUUGAACUAUUCAAGAUCGUUUUAUGAGUUCAUGACCCCUUAUGUUUCAAGCUUUCCAAGGGAAGCGUUUCUCAAUUAUAGAGAUAUUGAUAUUGGUGCUAAAAAUCCAAGCACUUCAAAUAACUUGGUCGACUCUCUCAAAUAUGCAAGCAAGUUAUUUAAGGAAAAUGUAGAAAGAUUACUGAUUGUGAAAACAAGGGUUGAUCCUAGCAAUUUCUUUAGUUAUGAACAGAGUAUACCAACUCAGAAUUGAUCUGUUUUGUUCAUUUCAAGACUUUAAUAAUACUAUCAAUUUUUUAGCUAUAUGUUUCGUAUA